AUGGUGAUCGCUGGUGGGCCUGAGCUGACACCAGUGCGCGCUGCCGUUGCGUCAGUGGUGCGCGAAAGGACACCGCCGGUGUCUGCAUCGGCAAACGUUGCGGCGAAGCCGCCAUUGCCGCCUGCCCCGAAAACCGCGUCGUCGCCCUCUGAGGAGCCGGUUGCUGCAAAUCCUGGGUCCCAGGCUGUAGCGUCGCCUCCGGCUGCUGUGAACGCUCCUCUUGCUCCUGUUCGCCUCGAGCUUGAACUCGUGGUCCCUGUCGCGGUUGUUGCGCCGCCUGUCGCCCCCGUCCCUGCUGCACCAAUGGUCGCCCCUGCCCCUGCUUCUGUUGGCGGCGACCUGGUGCUAGCGGCGGUGUCCGCCACCACUGGCGGCCCGGCCCCGGCGGUGGUGCCUGCCGAGGCUGUCCAAUCGGCGCCUGCAGCGCCCCCGAUGGUUCCGUCUGGGCUGCACUGUCGUCCACAAUCUCCGGAUCGCCGCCCGUCACGGCCCCAUUCACCCUACCGGCAGGACGAACGCGAGUCAGCGCGGCGUCGUCAGGAGUCACCUCAGCGCCGCCAAUCGGGCGGGAGCUGGCACGCGCGGCGGGGUGGUCGAGGGGGCUGGAGGGGAGGUCAAGGUCGAGGACGUGGCGGGGCGUUUGAUGCGCCGGUGACGAUGGCGGACUUGCAGCGGGUCGUAACGGCUGCGAUGCGCGAGGAGAGGGCCUUGCAGGCGAACCAGCUAUUCCCGCGUGCACCGGCUCCUCCUCCUGUUGUACCUCCUGUGGCUGCACCGCCGGCUGUUGCCCCUCGUCCGCCUGCUCUCUCUGCCCCUUAUCCGUCCCUUCUGCCUGGUGAUUCUGCUCCUCAGACAACUGGCGCUGCGCAGCCGUUCCAGGCGUUUGUGGGACCUCUUCGCGCGGCAGAGAUGUAUGGCCACGCUGGUCUCUCUCGUGGGAACUCUCUGGAUGACGGUUCCCGGGAGGAGUGUCUUGACGCCGCGGAUCGGCUCGCGGAGCUCCUGGCGCCCGUGUUGGCUGCGCCCGCGAGGGGAGGAGUUGCCGGCGUUGGGCAGCUGGGGACGGCUGUACGAGGCUUGCGGCGCUUUUCGCGCGCUGGGACUGCAGCCGAUGUGAUCGGCGCAAGCACGGCGGUGGUGCGGGAGCUGCAUCGCUCGCUGACUGGGCUUCUCGCGGUUCUUGACGCGGACCAGAUGUAG